AUGGACAUAACUGAUCAGUUUAAAGGUUAAAGUCACAGCAGUUGCAAAACAAAAGUUACUAGACUAGAUUUUUAUCACCCUAUAGAAAUGGCACUCUUGAGAGUAGGAAAAAUUUAGUCAAAGUAUCUGAUACUUGAAAUAAUGGAAUAUGCUAUGUAAAAAGAUAAUUAUCACACCUUAUACUAAGCUAAUGUCAAUUUAAGAAGAUUAUUUGUCAGAAAUAUGAUAUUUUUACGCAAAAUUUAUGACUAGGGCUAUUCCAAACCUAAUACUAUAGCAGCGGAAUUUCAAAGCUAUUAUUUCAAAAGAACUUUUUUCGAUUAAGUUAACUAGAGAAUAUCUGAUUAACAUAGUGAGAAUGUGAAAUUCAACAUUCUCUUUUAUGAGCAUAUAAACAUGCUGCCAAUAUUUUAUUUUGAAGAAUUCAAGCAGAUCAAAUGGCAAAGGGUGAAGAAAGUCAUACUCAGACUUACCAAUAAUAACUUUCAGAUUAGAGAGCAAAUAUACACUAAUAAACCUGUCUACAAUAUUGAUGGAGGCUUAAAUCAAUUUUUUAAAAGACUUGAUUCUGACCUUAAUUCACUUAUUUGUUACAACAUGUCAAUUAGAAACAAAUGGACUUGA